CAAGACUUCGAACAGAAUACAGACAAGAAAUUAUAAAAUAUUUAUUUGUUGAUACGCCUAAUGUGAAUGUAUCUAUUGGACGCGAUGCCAUAUUCUUCAGCGCUGUGUAUGUUAAUGGUGGCCGUAUUAAUUACACAAUCUAAGUAUUUCACAGCUGCAAAAUGUACCUUGGAAAAAAAGACAUGUAAGUGUAAGGCUGUAGACAUCGGAAAGGAAAAUGAAGGCAAAUUGUUAGAUUGCAAAGGAGCAACAUCAUUAACGCUGAACGACACUGACGCAUCAGAUGAAAAUUUACCCAGUGGACUAAAUCUUACUGACAUCGUUAAUUUUACAUUGUCGAAUAACGCCUUUCAGACAAUACCAGCUAACUAUCUACCUUCCGAACUACAAGCACUCAAUCUUUCUGGAAACGGAAUUAUGGAUAUUACUCCAUUAUCACGUUUUAAGAAACUCAAAGUUCUCGAUCUUUCAUACAAUAACAUAUCCAAUGUUGACAAAGAUGCAUUUGACGGGCUGUGUGCGUUAGAAGAACUGUAUUUGAAAGGAAACAAGCUCCAUAAUUUUAAAGACGUUUACAAUGCAGUUAAAAAAGUGCCGUCAUUAAGAUGUAUGGAUUUAGAUGGAAAUCGUUUAGAACACGUAUUUAUACCGGCGUUACUAUGGAAACUUCAAAUCUUCAACUUACGGAACAACAUUAUAUCAGCGGUAUCAGUCGACCGCUGUACAUACAAAUUACCAAAACUUCAGGAGGUAGAUUUGCGAGACAAUAGACUGACGUCAUUCCCGCUUUCUAUUUUAGAUUCAUUUAAUAAAAGCGUGUUCAAGCUUCAAAACAAUCCAUUCCAGUGUGACUGCUCUGUACAGUAUAUGCUGGAAAACUACGAGUGCAAUGGGACAGAGGUGAAUUUUUCAUGUGAGGGUAUUGGUAAUGAAACCCGUAACACAACGUACACUGAAUCUCUAAUUCUCUCAUCUAAUAGUGAAUUGUGGCAACGGGAAAAAGAUUCUGACAGCUAUUGCAGCAAAAGUCAGAAGGCAACACUAACUCACGAGGUGACGGAAAUUUGUUGGGAUGUGCCUGAACACAUAGGUCUGUGCGAGGAAAUACGAGAUUUGAUAAGCGUUACAAAUGGUUCUCUCAACUUGACCCCGGCCCGCCAUUAUAAUAUAUCGGGUUUAUACACUUACAAAGAAUAUCACAACUGUAGGAAUACGUACUGGUACACAGUAACCGGACAAGUCAGCCAACAGAGUAAUACAUCAGAUGUACCACAGUGUGUUCUCAGAGAACCAUGUAAGUUUACUGGUAGAUCAUCAGAGGUGGCAGCAUGGCAAGUUGCUUGGUUUGUAUUUGGAGGCUUCAUAUGUAUAUUGGCAGGGGCCGCAGUGGUAAAGUGCCGAAUAAAAAGACUAGAAAUUCGUCUUGCUAAAAAAAAAUUGGACAGGAGAAUUUCUACCCAGGGACCUCCUCCAAACACCUAUGCUAACGAAAUCGACGCAGAUGACGCCCGACCACAGAUAGGUCGAGUUUCUCUUGUAGUGAGAAAUGGAUAUUUGACUCGUGGUGUAAACCAUGGUUCAUCACUGAAUAUUGAUACCCAGUCAUCUGACAUGCCACAAAAUGCAGGCGAAGCAGUUGAAGAAGGAUACAAGCCCCUUGACCUUGACGAAAAUGGCUACCUAAUAAUAUCUAGUCUUGGGAAUGAUCUGUCUGUAAAUGGAUAUUUCACGUACAUUCCUAAUAAAUCAUCGAAUGAAGUUUUUCUUGAUUCAGAUGGAUACCUGUGUUUAAAUCCACCUGUAAUUCCUGGAACCGAAGAUGGAUACACCUGCUUGAUUUUCAGAAAGAACCAAGGCGCAUUGGGACACCUGACAAUAGAUAAGAAUAAAUACAUUCAACUUAAGGAGGAUGUUGAUGAUGAUUACAUAUACACGUUAGUGAAUACUAAACGACAUGAUGCAAAUCUGUACUCCAAAUUAAAAACCACAUGGCCGCUUCUUAAAUUUUGGGAGAAUCAGGAGGAAAAGCAUUGUACUGCAAUACAGCCAUGAAAUAAAACUGAAUUCCUUGUCGCAUAACAACGUUUGCGGGGAGAUUACAAAAAUGUAAAUUUAGUUUAAGGUUCUAAGAGUGAAAUAUAAAUUAUGAUAAUUUAUCUUCGCAGUGGCGGAUCCUGGAAUUCGAAAUAGAGGGGCACAGGGAGGGAGUUUCAGUUCCACCAUGGUUGGGUGCUGAGGUAAGAAAAAUAUGUUAUGCCAUCUCUAAAUGGCGGUAAAUGGCACUCUCAGACUUAAAGUCUUAAAUGUUUAUAUAUUUCUUUACACCAAUUUUUGUUUUAUCUAUGAAAACUUGGGAAGGAAAGUAGGGCGCUGGACCCCAACUGAAUCCGCCACUGCUUCGGUUAAUGUGUAGUUGUAGUAUUUUCGUAUUUUUUUUUCUUUUUAAUCAAUGUUGAUAAAAACUCACUCAGCCGAUUAUCAGAAAUCUUUAUUAAAAACUGACUUCUGUGUGGUGUAAUGCAGCCUGCCACGACAUCAUCUCUCGGUGAUGUCUACGGUAGCAGUGGGGUCAUGGGGCCCCGGGCGAUAAAGUGUUGGGGUCCAAUGCGUUUCACUAAAAUAUUCCCUCAUGAAAGUCACGAAAGUGACCGAGGAGGUAUUAAGUAAAUCCUUUUUUAUAAUAUGGUAUGAGGUGAAUAAUUCGGAAUCUAAUUAGUAGUGCUGAUUACACGCAUAUCUAGGAAUACUCCCUAGGAAGCGGAUGAGGUUGCACGUUGUGAAAAUGCUCCUUGGGCAGUUUUCUGGAUAGGCACUAUGUAAAUUCUAUAAAAUAAAUAAAUAAAUAAAAUGACAUUGCUUUAAUUUGCAUGGUUUUGCUGUCUUUCUACUCAGGUGGACUGUAUUGUUAAGGCUAUUUAGAGAACCCUUACCCCAGUUUAAAGGUGCCCGGAGGCUUCAGCCCCCGAGAGCCUAUAGGCGUUACGCUAUUAUACGCCUCCUCCCGAUGUAAAAAUUAUCCCAAUUAUUUUAUAUGGUAGUGGAAUAUGGGAUUAAAUAUUCUCAAACAUAUUGAUGAUUUCCAGAUCAACUUUUGUAAGUAUAAUUUAGGCAUUGGAAAAUCGGCACCUGGCGAGGCAGUUAUGGGUGAAUGUGAAAGGUUUCAAUAUCAGUAGACUGUAUUAUUAAUGUUAUUCGAUAUUGGGCACGUUUAAUUUAUAUGAGUGAAGACAAAAGUAUCAGAAAAUGCUAUAAUUUCCCGAUGCGGAAAACACAAAAAGAUGAACUUUGUUGGGUAUAUAAUGUUAAAUAAAUGAUAUGUUCUAUAGGUUUUGGUGAAAUAUGGUUAUCUCAAAAUAUGAAUAAUAUAAAUUGGUUGAUAGAUGUAGAAUGACAGAAAUUCUUUAAAAAAUAUCAAUUCAUAUUCCAAAUUAAGGCAUUACAAAAUGUUCAAGCAUACAUUUGAAAUAGAGGAAUACUUGAUACAAAAUAUUGAUUUUAAAUAUAAGCGAAUUUUUACAAAACUUAGAUAGGGUAUUUUGGAACCAGAGGUAGAAAGAGGUAGAUGGGUAAAUAUAGAAAAAAGGACUGAUUAUGCAAGUUAUGUAACUUAGGUAAAAUAGAAGAUAAAUAUCAUUUUGUGUUAGGUUGUCCAUAUUAUAUUGACAUUAUGUUAACAAAAAUACUUAAAUAUUUCAUUUCAUUUUAUUUAAUGUCGUCUAAAGAUGUCAAUAUUGUUAAUAAUUUAUUAAAGUAGGCCUAUGUACAUUUAAUUUGUAUCUAUUUUUUAUUAUUUUAAAAGGGCCGGAGGACUAGUUAUUAAAUAAAACACGGAAUUGAUUGAAAGGACCGAUCUAAUAGCGCGGCCCGGUCGGAAACGGAUUCUAUUAGUAAUGUAUUAUACAGAUUUGAGACAUUUCUACUAUAUAUUUUAUAUCCUACAACUCGUUGACCUGAUGUUUCUUGGUCGAGUUUAGUACAGUAAUACAAAGUGUUAGAGGGUCUCUCAGAGGGCCGUGUGAGAGUACCUAAAUAUUCAAAUAAAUAUAAAUGAUUAAUUAAUAGUUAUAUUUAGAAGACAAAAAAAUAUAUUCAGAAAUAUAAACCGAUAUUGGCCUACGAGUAAUUUGCUCCUUAU